AUGACAUACUUUGAAGCUACUCACAAUGAGUUCCGCAGUGACACCUUCACUGUUCCUACACAACUGAUGAUGGCCAAAGCAAUGACUAAUGUCACUUGGGGGGAUUCUGUUUACAAGGAAGAUGAAGCUACUUUACAAUUAGAAGAGAUGAUGUGCCAAAUGACUGGGAAACCAGCAGCCCUCUUUUGUGUUAGCGGUACAUUAUCAAACCAAAUUGGUUUAAGAGCACAUUUAUCAUUACCACCUUAUAGCAUUCUUUGUGACCAUAGAGCCCAUGUAUUCUUGCAUGAAGCUGCUGGGUUGGCUACGCUUUCCCAAGCAAUGGUUCAUCCAGUGAUACCAGCUAACGGGAACUAUUUAACCGUGGAAGAUAUAAUGGAGAAUUAUACUCCAGAUGAUGGUGACAUCCAUGCUGCUCCUACAAAGAUAGUUUCACUUGAAAAUACUUUACAUGGAAUAAUUACUCCUUAUGAGGAAUUGGUCAAAAUAAAACAAUUUUGUAAAGACCACAGUUUAAUUCUUCAUUGUGAUGGAGCCAGAUUAUGGAAUGCCAGUGCAGCCACUGGAGUUUCUAUUGCAGAAUACUGUUCCUUAUUUGAUAGUGUUUCGCUUUGCCUUUCAAAGAGUUUGGGAGCGCCUAUGGGCUCUAUUUUAGUUGGAGAACCCCAAUUUAUAAACAAAGCUAACCAUUUCAAAAAGCAAAAUGGUGGUGGUAUACGGCAAGCUGGGUUUGUAUGUAACAUGGCCAUGAUUGCUAUCAAAGAGAACUUUGAAAAAUUGGAGAUUUCACAUCAGUUUGCUAAACAAGUUGGUGAUUUCUGCAUUGCUAAUGACAUUUAUUUGGAGAGCCCUGUUGAUACUAAUUUUGUGUUUAUUGACUUGAAACGUAACAACAUGAAUGAUAUGGUUUUAAUUGAGUAUGCACGGGAAAAUGGGCUUAAGUUAAUGGGUGGGCGUUUAGCUUUCCAUUUCCAAUUGAAUCAAGAAAGUGUCGACCGUUUGAAACACGUUUUGUAUCUUACCAAACAGGAAAGUAUUCGUAAACCAUACACCAAGAUUAUUCCAGGGAAGCGCAUGUAUAACUAUGAUGCCAUCAGCACUAAAUAA